AUGUCUUCCUGGCACUCCUUGGCUGACAGGCCCAUCCUGGUUGGGAGGGGAGACGAAGAGAGAGGAGGGGGAGCUGGCAGUAGCAUCGAGCCACAGCUCCUAGCUUCUCUGCCAGGUGGGGUUUUGCCUCUUGGUAGUGUAGGCGUGGUAUUGAACAAAGUAGAACUCUUCUUUGAUAAAACAACAGACAGCACCCAACCCAUGGGAGGCAAAACCGAUGAUGCAAAAGCCUCAGAGAAGGGUAAGGUGCCUUCCAAGAGCUCAUCUGGCAUCCAGCGCUCACCCUCAGAUGCUGGCAGGAGUAGUGGGGACGAAGGCAAGAAACCCCCUUCUGGCAUCACACGCCCACCCACCACAGGCUCAUUUGGUUACAAGAAGAUCCAGGGUGCCACUGGCACGCUAAUUACCUCCAGUGGUGCGACACUCGCCAGUGGCUCAGCAACUCUGGGCAAGACGCCCAAAUCUUCAGCUGCCAUCAGCAAAGGUGCAAGCAUCAGUGGUGUGCGGAAGACCAGUCUGGAUGGCUCACAGCCCCAGGAUGAUGGCAUCCUGCUCAGCUGCAGUGGCUCGAAAGUGACCCUGCAGUACCGCUCCUUACCCAGGCCGGCUAAAUCCUCCAGUGGGGUGGCCGCAGGGCGCAGCGGGCAUCGCUCCAGCUCCAGCAGCAUCGACUCAAAUGUCAGUGGCAAGUCAGCCGGUGGGGCAACAACGCAAACAGGCACUAAACGCAGGGAUGGAAAAGUGGGCUCAGAACGCUCUAGUCCCAUCACCAUCAACCAGACAGAUAAGGAGAAAGUGGCGGUGUCAGAUCAAGACCCAGCAGCAGGACUAUCCACCUCCCCAAAGUCUAGCCCCACCUCCACCUCAACAGGCCAGUCAGGCCUCAGGCAACCAGGCUCCAAGUACCCCGAUAUCGCUUCUCCAACCUUUCGCAGAUUGUUUGGUACCAAAGCUAGCAGCAAGGCCAGCUCUCCUGGCACGCCCGACUCUGGCAAGUGCCCCUCAAUACUGGGCAGCCCGCACGGCACACUGGCGAGACAAGCCAGUCUGGACUCGCCUUCCUCUGGCACUGGGAGCCUGGGCAGCGCUGGCGGCCUGAGCGGUGGCAGCAGCCCUCUGUAUGGUAAAACCCCAGACCUGUGCACCGACUCCCCGGCCUCCAGCCCAGCCUCUGGCCUCUCCCUGCCCUCCAACGCUCGGCCCUGGCCUGCCUGUAGCUCAUCUGCUGGCAGCAAGGACACACUGAGCUGCCAAAGCAUGACCAGUCUGCACACCAGCUCUGAGUCCAUUGAUAUGCCGCUGGGCCACCAUGGGCCCAAGGUUACACGAACCGGCAGUGUCAAGUCCACCCUGUCUGAGGGCAUGCCACUUGACAGAAACACACUUCCCAAAAAGGGACUGAGAUACCCUACCUCCUCCAGGCAGACAUCUCAUGAAGAAGGGAAGGAGUGGUUGAGGUCCCAUUCAACAGGAGGUCUUCAGGAUACUGGCAGCCAGUCCCCUCUGUCUCCUCCUGGAGCCUCUUGCACCACCACAGGAAAAUACCACUACUCCAACCUCUUGAGCCCCACCAACAUCAGUCAGUAUAACCUGCCACCAGGCAGCACCAGCAUGAGCCGCUCCAACAGUAUCCCCACCCAGGACUCCUUUGACCUGUAUGGAGAGGGUCACCCACUGGGUGGCAGCGCAACCUCUCUGGAGGAACGACCACGUGCCAUCAGCCGCUCUGGGUCCUUCAGAGACAGCACUGAUGAAGUCCAUGGCUCCUCACUGUCUUUGGUUUCCAGCACGUCGUCACUGUAUUCUGCGCAAAUCAGAAAGCUGCGUCGGGAGCUGGACGCCUCUCAGGAGAAGGUGGCGACUCUGACAUCUCAGCUGGCUGCCAACAACACAGACGCCCAAACAGCUAUCCAGGUGGCACUCAAUGGCCCAAACCACCUUGACAGAGAUCUGAGGAUUAGACGGCAGCACUCUUCAGAAAGUAUGUCCAGUAUUAACAGUGCAGCCAGUCAUUCCAGUAUGGGCAGCUUGGGCAAGGAUGCCGAAGACAAAAAGAAGAAGAAGAAGAGCUGGUUACGAAGCUCCUUCAAGCAGGCGUUCAGCAAGAAGAAAACCAAAUCGCAAUCAGCCCACGAUGAGAUGGAGGAGAUGACCGACUCUCUGCCUUCCUCGCCCAAACUGCAGCACGACAACAGGCAAGGCAGUAUUGCCACGCUGCGCUCUUCACCCUCCACCACAGACAAGUGCGUUUGCGAUAGCAAGUCUUCCCCCAUUUGGACGGCAAAGAAAAAGCUAAAUGGUUAUGUGGUCUACAAGCACAGAUCUCGGCUAUGUGAAUGCACUGAGGCUGAGGCAGAAAUCAUCCUCCAGCUGAAGAACGAGCUGAGGGAGAAGGAGCUCAAGUUGACGGACAUCCGCCUGGAGGCACUUAGCUCUGCCCAUCACCUGGACCAGAUCCCCUGUCAGUCAGUGUCUUUAAAAGCAGUUUCUGUUAGAUUUGCUAUGAUUUUCUUUAUUUGCAACACACAGAAUGAGAUUGAGAUGCUGAAAGCAGAAAAUGAUCGUCUGAAGUCCAGCGGUAACGCAACACCGACAGCCACACCCGUGAAGACAGCCCGGCCACCCUCUGAGACCUCGAGCACCUCCUCAUCCUCCUCACGUCAGUCCUUGGGGCUGUCCCUCAAUAACCUCAACAUCACAGACACCAUCAUGUCAGAUAUUCUCCUCGAUGACAGCUAUGAGGGCAACCUACGCAAAGAGGGCCGCAGUGUGCGAAUAGUGGUUACCAUCAGCAGUGGGCCAAAUAUCACCAAGGGUACACAAAGCCACGAGUACCUGAUUGGGUCUAUAGGUGUGAGUGGGAAAACCAAGUGGGAUGUCCUGGAUGGGGUUAUCCGACGCCUCUUUAAAGAGUAUGUGUUCCGCGUGGAUCCUCUGACCAGCUUGGGUCUCAGCUCAGACAGUAUUGUCUGCUACAGGAUGGGUGAGGUGAUUCGCUCCCACGCCUCUGAAGUGCCUGAGCUGCUGCCCUGCGGCUACCUGGUGGGUGGCAACAACAUCAUCAAGGUCAACCUUAAAGGUGUUAAGGAGAACAGCAUAGACAGUCUCGUGUUUGACACUCUCAUCCCGAAGCCCAUCAUCCAGCGAUAUCUCAACCUGUUGAUGGAGCACCGUCGGAUCAUCCUCUCAGGACCCAGUGGCACCGGUAAAUCCUUUCUGGCUGCCAAACUGGCUGAGUACAUCAUGUCCCACAUGGGGCAGGAAGUGACGGAGCACAAUGUGGCCAGCUUUAAUGUCGACCAGAAUUCCAGCAAGGACCUGCGUCAGUACCUAUCAACCCUGGCUGAGCAGUGUAACUCUGAGGACACGGACACAGAGCUCCCCACUGUGGUCAUCCUGGACAACCUCCACCAUAUCGGCUCCCUCAGUGACAUUUUCAACGGCUUUCUCAACUGCAAGUAUCACAAAUGCCCUUACGUUAUUGGGACCAUGAAUCAGGGGGUGUCUUCGUCUCCUAACCUCGAGCUGCAUCACAACUUCAGGUGGGUGCUGUGCACCAACCACACUGAACCAGUCAAAGGUUUCCUGGGGCGCUUCCUACGGCGGAAGCUGAUUGAGACAGAGAUUGAUAAGAAUAUGCGCAGCAACGACCUGAUUAAGAUCAUCGACUGGAUCCCCAAAACCUGGCAGCACCUCAACAGCUUCCUGGAGGCACACAGCUCCUCCGAUGUCACCAUAGGCCCUCGUCUGUUCCUGUCCUGUCCCAUGGAUGUAGAGGGUUCUCGGGUUUGGUUCACUGACCUGUGGAACUACUCCCUGGUGCCCUACCUGCUGGAGGCUGUCAGGGAAGGACUGCAGCUGUACGGCAAAAGAGCUGCAUGGGAAGAUCCAUCCAAGUGGGUGAAUGACACAUAUCCAUGGAACGCCGCCUCACUGCAGCAGGACGGGCAGUCGCUGCUCCAGCUGAGGCCGGAGGACGUGGGAUAUGAUGGAUACAGCUCGUCCAAGGAGGGCGCCUCAUCCAAGCAAGUGUCUCAGAGUGACACUGAGGGAGACCCACUGAUGAACAUGCUGCUACGGCUGCAGGAGGCAGCAAACUACUCCAGCACGCAGAGCUGCGACAGUGACAGCACCAGUCACCAUGACGACCAGCUAGACUCUUCACUGGAGUCAGCACUAUGAGAGCAAGAGAUACUGAUCCCCUAACCCGCACCCCUUGGACCUCCCAGAACCUGGGAACUAUCAAACCCCCAUCACCACCGGACACCCCUAUAGUUAGCAAAUGAUAUAUGAAAAGUUUUAUUAUCCAAAAUGAUUUACCCAACAUUUGAGAGAGAAAAAAGCCUAUUUUUACACAGCGAUGGUGCAAUAUUAAAUCAGAUUAUUUUAUGUCUUAAAGAUGUGUCUUCAACUUGGUCCCCGGUGAUCAAAAAGGUAAACGACAAUAUGCGUAAGAUCGAAUCUAUUUUACUGACAUCGGAUAGUGUUCGCCAGUCAUUUUUAAUGGAUGUGUAACAUUUGAAGAAUACAACUUUUCAUAUAUAUUAUAGGUUUUAGUGUGACUGAUAAGGAACGUCACACUUUGUUCACACUUUUCAUUUUGGGUGUGAGAAAAUGAAAGAAGUUCAGCGUGAUCAAACUGGAUUUUUUGUUAUCUAGUUAUAUUUUCAGGUGUUUACAUUUAGGGUCGGGUUUUGUUGUGUAUGUCUUUCCUUGUUUACAGAGGUGCUUCUCACAGACACACACUCAAAUGAAUGCACUUGCACACAGGCAGCAGGAGGAGACUCUCUGUUAAUGAAAGCUUUUAAAAGUUCAGGCCAUCAUUUAAUCUACAGUCCAGCCUGCCACAGUGUCCUUGAGCAAAGUACCAUAUCUCCACCACUUCUGACUACCCUGAUCUCUUACACUAUCUUUCAGGUGAUGUAUUGCUCUCUAGUGGCCACAGGCUGUUUUACAUCCAGAGUGUUUACACACAAAUCAUCAGGUUUCAGUAAAAGUUAUUUAUGGUCAACCAAACCUGUUCCUUACUGGGUUUGGAGUAGAUUUUGUUCACCGCUGUACCAUUUUUAAAAAAUAUCUUUGCUUUUUGUGAACAUGAUGAGGGUGUAGCUAAUAUUGGAGCAUACUAACACACUCUGCUGCCCUCAGCUCAGUCACUAGUUGAGCCUCAUGGUGCUGGUCUCCUGCCCUGAACGUUGUCGGCGUCAGGCACUGCCAAGCCGCUCCUCGCCCCCACCCUCCAUGCCGACAACAAGCACAACGAAAGCGCAUUGUCUGUGUGUCUGUGUGUGUGAUCCAGUCUCACUACUACUGUGAAGAAAAAAAAUUGAAAAGUGCCAACGUUUCGUUUCGAUUUGACUGCCAAAUGUAAACACAAUGCAGAGCCGAACAUGGUUGUAGACUUAGAUUACUGUUCUUGGCCUGCUGUCAAUGUUUAGCUGAAAUGUACCGUGAUGAGAGCAGACAGCGCCCUCUGUGGAUUGUUACAGGAGUAACCAGGUAUUUUUGGCAGUCUGCACAGGGUUUGGUGCAACGUAGGCUGACCCUGAGUUCAGUAAUACCUAACAGAGUAGCGUGGUAUUCUGCGGCCCUCAUUAGAAAUUCUUUUUUGACAUGUGCUUCGGUUUCUACCCAAAAGGAAUCCAAAUUGUCGCAUCCGUAUACAAGUUAACCAGAUCAGUCAAAGAGCUGAAUAGGGGAACAAUGAUAUUGGUGCUUUCUCCACUGCCUUAAAUGUUCAAAAGUUUUUUUCAAGCAUCUUCUGGUGAGAAGACGAGAUGGUAUUGAUAUGCUUCCUGCUAUGUCAAAGAUGCUGCUUGCAGUGGGACAAACAGCCACUUUUGUUUGUUUUCCCUCCCUUUCCCUCUAAAGCACCCUUUCUCCUUUCUGACAGUUAGAUUAUAAAAGAGUGAAUAGUGUAUUUGAAUUUGACCGAUAUUGUAUGAACAUUUAAAAAAGUAUAUAAAAUAGAGGGGUUGGGAUAUUUUUUUAAGUUGUUGUUUUGUGCCCAGUUGAGCUGGGCUCACUUGAACUGAUAGGAGCACAACCAAACUGUUUCAGGUGUUCUUGCCUGAUGAGCAUGUCUUGAACCUUUUUAAAGGGGAUGCAUUAUGAGGAGACCUUUACCUUUAUGUAUGCGUGUAUUGGACGGAAGCCAUUUAGAUUUUUGAUUGUCCUCUCUUUGUUUAUCGAGUGGGUUGGUUUUGCACACUUUGAGGUUGGGUUGGGUUGUAAAUACUUAAGUCUUGCACAGUGAAUCAAAGAUGCAUUCUGCCCUGUCGAUGUUCCAAUAUGCUUAAUCCGCCGAAUAAAUUAUUGUACUUUGAAAACAGAGAGAAAAAAAAAAGAAAUGCAAAAUUCAACACGCUGUCAGAAACAGGUGUGUGUCUUGUGGUGAUUGGAUGUUGUGCCUAUGCAGGAGGCAUACAGUGUACAGUAAGAAACAGCUUUUUUUUUAACUCACUGAAAUCACAAAAGGAGAAGAAAAAAAAUAGGCACUUACUCCAGUAUUCCUCAUCCUGCCAUAAUAUUUUCUGGAUCUUAGGAAUCCCAGUUGUUCAUUAGAAACACUUCCCCUCUGGACGUUUUAACUGAAGCUUACCGCUACGUUAGGCUUGCUAGUUGGCCGAGGCACCGAAGCUGAUCUGACACCGUACUGUAAACAUUUACCAACAACCAACAGGUGCUACUGGUCAGAGCUCACCAGAGACCAAGAAGUCAUGUUGUCACAACCUCAGGACAAUUCUAUCCUCUACAAUCCUACCUGUGUUCAGCUUCACGCGUGUCUCCGCAGCCAAGUUGUUGAUGGUCCGCACAUUCUUUUGGCAAAGGGGUGUAGUUGCAUGCUAAAGGGGUGGUUGCUCCUUACCUAGACUUACACCCGCAUAUCAAACCUAUCUACACUCCUAUUAACAGUGUACACCAUGGUGACAUUUUCCCCACUUAACACUUUGCAGUUACAUCUCAGUUGAAAACCAUAGCAUUUACUCUGGUUUGAGAGAACGUUUUCUUCUUUUUGGGUGAAACAUUUGUCCUUAAAUGUUUUAUAUUUUGUACAUUUGUAUGUAACAUAUCAUGUAAAUAGACAGAGACAGUGAUUUACCUCAUCUGGAGGAUUUUGUAGUCUUUGUAAAGCCCUAAUAAAUGGUAUUUGGUGUCACACAGGCAAAAA